AUUCCUCGACUGGUUCUAAUUUUAUUCUGAUACCUGAGACACAGUCUGAUAAAAUUGUUGUUUACAAAACAUGGCGGCGAUCAAUUAGAAACCCGAUGAAAUCCGAGGUAAAGAUACAUAAAGUAAGUCUGUGGACCAACUAAAUACUGGAAUUGUUAUUGUACAAUCAUUUUGAAAUAGGAAAGAACAAACAUUUUUUUAGAGAUAUUUGACUGACAAAGUAUGGCAGGAAGAAACCGGUCACAGUUACGUGCCCCUUAUGACACCGGAGAUGAGAAUCUUGACAAACUCCCUCCUACAAGUCGGAGAAACGGAAUACCUCCUGGAUACACAGGCAGAAAUCGUUAUGACUCGCCGAGGUUACGAUCACCAAGAAACAGCGAACACCAAUCACGCGGACCCUCAAGAAAUCCCUCAAGACUCGAUAUUCUAGAGGAAAGAAUUGCUCAGCAGGAGAAAAACUCUCAGGCUUUAAUUGAGCGAGCUUUCAAAACUAAAGAAGAUGUGAUAGAAAGUUUGAACUUUACACAUGGAACAUGGCAGGAAGAAAAACAUGCACGCAACAUGCUUCAGGAACAUAUACGCACCAUAACGGCAGUCGUGAACCGGCUGAACAACGAUAUUGCUGGUAUAGACGAAACAAUCAGAACACGAGACUCUGCAGCGAUCGGUACAAAUACGGCAGUCAAGAAUCUUGAGGUUCAUCAUGUCGCCACAUUGACUGACCUUAGAGGGCGUAUCGUACGCUGCGACACUUCUCUAGCUAAACUAUCACAGGAGAUACGACAAUGUUUCGAGUCAGUAAAACAAGUUAAUCAGACACAGCAGGACCAACAGAACAGAGUACUGGAUAGAAUACACGAGUUAGAAUCUAAGUCUAUGAACCUAACUGCCUUUCCUGGAUUACUAACCAAUCAUUCUAAUGAACCGAAGAUGAAGUUACAGCAUCUAGAGAGUGAUUCUAACCAGCAGAUUGCCCAGCUAGACUCUCGUACUCGUCAAGUCAUUGACGAUCUGAAAAACAACAUACACACAUACCAGAAUCACGCAGAUGUUGAACGGGAAAAACUUGAACAGAAACUCUCACUGGCACUCGAUGCACAAGCCCAGGCCAGAGAUCAGUUGAUGGAGAAAUUGAACCAGAAGGUAGAUGAGAUGCAGUAUUUGAUGGAUCAGCGGAUGAGGAAGAUGGAGGAUAUGAUAACAGCCGAGUCAGAGAGACUUAAGAGAUGUCUAAUCAUAACUGAUAAAAUUUGUAAUGCUUUACCUAUGCAGAAAAACUUGAGAUCCAUAUUUCUAAAUUUGUUUCAACAGCACCUGGAGAACAAGGUUAUUACACGACUGGACGGCUCUCUUCGACAGCAACAUGACGAGAUCGCCAAGGUGAAACGCGACACGAGGGACGGCUUCUCAACUGUUCAUGAGAGUAUCAGUAAUAUGAAGACUGUGAUGGAAGGAAAACGUAAACUUCUCGAAGAUCAGUUACGCAAAGAAAUUAGCCAGAUCAGAAAAAUGGUGGUCCUUGUGUGAUGAUAAGGAAAAAUGUGGCAGGGAAGGACACAUAGGACAGAUGGGAAAUGUGUUGAAAUAUAACAGCUUACCAUGUGUUCCCUAAUAAACUCCCACUAAAAUAUGUAGACAAGCAAAUAAUGAUUUAUAAACUAUAAAAGCAAGAACAAAUGAAUUUUGUGAUCAUAUGCCUACUUUUUUGACUUAAAGUUUUUUUAAAGACAUAUUUUUUUACAACUAUAAAGUACUGAAAAUAGUCAAAGGGGCUGUCUUUUAAACAGUUCCAGUUUAAUUUUAUUGCCUUGGUGAUUUUUUUUCCUUUGUUCGGUUCAGAAAUUUGAUUAUUCAAUUCACAAAACUUGUAUGCUUAUGUCUCUUUUUUAUUGAGGGGAGGUUUAUAAGGGAACAUAUGGUAAACCAUGUAUAUCUCGAUUCUAAUGCAGUUUAAAUGGCAGUUUAAGCACAAAUUGUAAUGAUGUAAUUGAAGAUGAGUAUCAUCUUUUAGUAAUAUCACACUACUGAACUUUAUUUUCAUUUUGUUUCUUUACAAACAGAUUAUUUGCCAAAAAUAUAGCACAUGGCAAAUUUUUUAUUUUAUUCAUUUAUUUACAUUUAUGUACAUGUAUUUAUUAAGAUAGAGCUUUUUAUUUAAGAUUGAAUAUAUUUAGAGCUGGCCAGAAGCCGGAAUUUUAUUUUACUUUCGAAAGUGAUUUGUAUAUGAAGCUAUUAUAUAAAGAUUUUUUGUUUGCAAAUCAUGACAAAUUACUUGUUUUGAUUAUCAUUGUCUUAUGAAAAUAUUGAUACCUCAUUGUAAAAUGGUUAUUCACCAUAUGGAGGUGAGAAUACAUUUGUUUUACUUUUAAACCUUGGAACUGAAAACAGUUGAUUUUUAUGUUAGAGUAGAUAUUGUUUUUGUCUAGUAAAUGUUGACUUAAGUUUCAAACAGAAAAUAGCUAAUAUUUAUAUUAAUCAAGAGGAAUAAUUUUGCCUAUAGUAGAAAAAGAAAGUAAUAAACAUAUGAAAGGUAUAGGAACUAGAUGCAUCACCGUAAUUAGACAUU